AUGAUUAAAGAACGUCUUUCGGUCUGUAUUUGUGCUCCUGGCGUAAGUCCAAACUCAUCACUCUUGUUCUACUUACUUUUCUUGUUUCAAUGCGGCGUCUUUGUGUCUGAUUUGGAUUCUUCAUUAAUCAGCCUCUCAGCUCCAUACUCCUCGGCAAAACCCCCCCCCUUUUGCUGAUCUCUUCUAAAUUCGUGCUGCCGUGGCAUUUAACAUCCGGGGAGGAGAAACGAUAGAAGGAAAGACUGCAUCACAAGGAAGCGGCGGGAUCAAAAAGAGUUUUGCACUCACUUAGCCGGAACAAGGCAGAAAAGAGCCCAAGCCCCUGAAGAAAAGACAAACGGGACGAAAGGAAGAAGAUAAUAAUAAGUCUAGUAAGUUAGUGACAGUCGCACCAAUAUGAUGAUGGGGCUCCUGCGAUAUUCCGGGCCGCUUUGCGCCAUUUUGCAUUCUUCUAUCAGGCCGCUUUAGUCACGUUUUAGCUCCGCGCUGUAGAUGACCGGCGAGGCAUGUGACUUCACUGGUCGAGAUCCAAAUUUUAUUUUUUACUUCCGAUCUCUGCGCUUAUGUUUAGCUAAGGCCUGCUCAUCUGGUUUCGCGCUAGCUAUUUGUUUUUUGAUUAUUUAGCAUUCAUAUUCAUCCUGUAGGCAUUUCGUCAGUAUAUCCAACAUCAGUGUUGCGGCGUGUCAUACCCCUGCAGGUGUGCUGACUUGCUCACGGGGCCCCGCUGCGUCGGGUUGCGCCUUAGGUUUUCUACAG